AAGCACGCUGGGUCGGAAGGGAGCUUUGUUAGUUUAUUUAACAGAGCGCCGCGCCCGGCGUCUCGGCGACCAGAACUUGGCAGAAGCCUCAGGGAGAUGCGGUCGAACACCACUUGCUUGACCAGAUCAAAGCAAACCUGAAGACUCCUCCCUGGAGAUUUUAUCGAUAGGAUCCAAAAGAGUUUUCAGGACUGUGAUGUCUAUUCUUCGUUGUCAACUUGACUAAAUCUGGAAUCAACUACAACCCAGAUAUGGAGACCACACCUGUGAGAGAUUGGCUGCUUAAAGUGGAUGAAUCCACUUCUAGUCCAGAGCUUUGAGGUAGGAAGACACACAUCUUUAAUCCGGAUCUUGAGGUGGGAAGACACAGACCUUUAAUUUGAAUCUUGAGGUGGGAAGACACCAAAUCUUUAAUCCAAAUCAUGAGGUAUGUCUAAGAAAGACAUACCUUUAAUAUGAGCCAUACCUUCAGCUGGACAUCUAUAUAAGAACGUAGAAGAAGGAAGGUUUUGCUCUUUGUGUACUUGCCCUCGCCUUGCUAGCACAUCCAUCCCUUCACUGGCAUUAGAGCCUACUUCUGGAUUGCAGCAUAUACUGAAGACCAGCUGAGACGUGCAGCCUUGUGGGACUGAGCAACUACUAGAUUUUUAGACUUUCUGUUCAUAGCUAGCCAUUGUUGGAUUAGCUGGACUACAGGGGAAGGAGAGAGAGACUCAUUCCCUAAGUUCUGUGACUCUAGAGAACCCUGACUAAUAAAGACUUUGGUACCAGAAGUGGUUCUAGAGAAACAGAAGUAUAAAGAUGAAUAUUUUAAGUAUCUGGAAUAGGCAUUUCAGUUCACCAGAGCCUUCAGCUACUGAAGCCAUGCCAGUCACCCCGUCUCCUAAGAGCUCAGAGAGUACUGGAAGCCCGUGGUGUGAACUGUAUUACAAACUUAAAGAGAUAAAUGAAUUUGAUUAUCCUGACUCACCAAUGGUGAGCAACAAUGGAUUAGGUGAGCCUGUAUAUGAAGCUUUCGACAGUUUGGGGGAGAAUCGGGGCAGUGCUGCUGCUGGUUGGCUGCUUUUAGCAUCUCUGGAUAAACUGAUCAAGGAUAGGAAUGAGCUCCGGGAUAAAAUCAACCACCUCCAGAAUAUGGUGAAGAACAACAAAGAACUUAGUGAUAAGAUUGACCAUCUGCAGCUGCUCAUAAAGAAUCUAAAGGAAGAGAAGCUCCUCUCCAGCAGCCACAGAGCUGGAUUUAUGGAAAAUCAAACCGAAGCUCUCGUUAUAAGGUUGGCUGAACUACAGGGAAAAUUCAAGUCCCAGCCUCGGAGGGUGUCAGCUGGUAAAGUAAGGGCAUUAAUUAGCAAAGAAUGGGAUCCUAUAACAUGGGGUGGGGAUGUGUGGGAGGACCCUGUUGAAGCUGAGAACUUAGAAUCCUCAGAAUCUCAAGUGUUUACCUUACCUGAGGAAGUAGUACCCUCAGCCCCACCCCUUGAAAUACUGCCUUUUUCACCUUUCACUGAGGAAAUGAGUCCUUUAUUGUCUAUUAAACCAGCAGUGACUAUCUCUGAAGGAAAUGCCAGACAGGACAGUACUGAUGUCCCUCAGAGCCCCAAAGUAGUUGCCUCUGGACCUAUAACGAGACUUAAGGCAAAGCAGGCUCCUAGAGGGGAGGUAGACAGUGUUCAUGAGGAGGUACACUACACUACUAAGGAGCUUAAUGAGUUUGCUAAUUCAUUCAAGCAGAAGCCUGGGGAAUAUGUAUGGGAAUGGAUUCUAAGGGUGUGGGAUAAUGGUGGAAGGAAUAUAAAACUGGAUCAGGCUCAGUUUAUUGACAUGGGCCCUCUGAGUGGAGAUUCUAGGUUUAAUAUGGAAGCUCGCACAGUUCAAAAAGGUGUCAAAAGUUUGUUUGAAUGGUUGACUGAAGUGUUUGUCAAAAGAUGGCCUACUGAGAAGGAAUUGGAGGUGCCUGAUAUCCCUUGGCUUACUGUUGAUGAAGGGAUUUUAAGGCUCAGGGAAAUUGCAAUGCUAGAGUGGAUACACUGUGUAAAACCCAAUGCUCCACAAUGGGAAGGCCCAGAAGACAUGCCCUUCACUAAUCCAAUAAGACGCAAAAUGGUAAGAGGGGCACCAGCACAUUUGAAGAGUUUUGUUCUCUCUCUUUUGCUUGUGCCAAACCUUAGAGUUGGAGAUGCUGCUGCUCAAUUGGAUGAAUUAAAUGCAAUGGGCUUAAUCGGUCCCCGGGGUAGCAGGAGCCCAGUGGCAGCACUGAAUCGACAGAAGCAAGGUGGUCAUAACUAUUGUAUGAGCAGCACAGACAAUGCAAUGUUCAUAGUGGCAUGACUCGUACGGACCCUUGGUACUGGCUCAUCAGUCAUGGUGUUUCCAGGCAUGAAGUAGAUAAGAAACCUACUGAAUAUUUGAUCUGUAUAAGCGGUAAAAGAUCCCAAACAAAUGAAAGAAAGGCUACAUUGGAUCACGGCAGAAGGCAAUCUCAGCCAGUAAAUCAGUUUUCAGAUUUGAGCCAGUUUGCAGACCCAGAACCCCUUGAAUGAAGGAGUUGCCAAGUGCCCCUGAGGAAGGACCUUGAUAAAACACCUUAAAGUUUACUGUUAAUUGUUCUCCAGACCUUCCCCAGAGGGAAGGGUAACUGUACACUAGGGGAAAGGAAAGAAUCAGUCUUUCCAGGAUCUACUGGAUACUGUUCCGAAUUGACACUGAAUCUGGGAGAUCCCAAGAACAUUGUGGCCCUCCAGUUAGAGUAGGGGUUUAUGGAGGCCAAGUAAUUACUGGAGUUUUGGCUGAAGUCCUACUCACAGUAUGUCCCUGAACUCAUCCCGUGGUUAUUCCCCCAGCCCCAGAGUGUAUAAUGAGAUAGAUAUAUUUAGAAGUUGGAAGAUUUCUUACAUUGAUUCCGUGACCUGUGGGGUGGGGGGCUAUUAUGGUUGGAAAGGCUAAAUGGAAGCCUUUAGAGUUGCCUCUGCCAAAGAAAAUAGUGAAUCAAAAACAGUAUCACAUCCCUGGAGGAGCUGCAGACAUUGGUGCCACCGUCAAGUUCUUGAAAGAUGCAAGGGUGGUCGUUUCUACCGCAUCUCCUUCUAAUGCUGCUAUCUGGCCAGUUAAAUGACAGUUGACCAUCAAAAACUCAAUCAAGUAUUAACUCCAGUUGCAGCUUCUGUACCAGAUGUAGUGUCCUUACUUGAGCAAAUCUUCUGGUACAUGGAAUUCAGCUACUGAUCAAGCAAAUGCCUUUUUCUCAGAACCUAUUCAUAAGGACCACUAGAUUCAAUUCCAUUUCAGAUGGCAAGGUCAGCAGUAUACCUUUACAGUUUUACCUCAAGGAUGUAUAGACUCUCCUGCUCUGUGUCAUAACUUAGGUAGAAAGGAUCUUGAUUGUCUGACUCUUCCACAAAAUAUCACAUUGGUGCACUAUAUUGAUGACAUCAUGUUGACUGGACCAAGUGAACAGAAGGUAGCCACUACUUUGGACUCAUUGGUAACACAUAUAUGUAUCAGAGGAUAGGAAAUAAAUCCAGCCAGAAUUCAAAGACGGUCUACCUCAGUGAAAUCCUUAAGAGUCCAGUGGUGUGGGGAAUACAGAGAUAUCCCUUGUAAGGUGAAGAUAAACAAUUGCAGUUGACUCCACCCCCUCACCCCCACAAAGAAAGAAGCAUAACAUUGAGUGGGCCUAUUUGGAUUCUGGAAGCAUUGCAAUUCUCACAUGGGUAUGUCGCUCCAGGCCGUACACUGAGUGACUAGGAACGCUGUUAGCUUUGUAUGGGGCCUGGGAUAGGAGAAGACUCAACAGAUUCAGGCUGCUCUACCACUUGGACCAUAUGAUCCAGCAGACCCAGUUGUACUUGAGGUGUCAGUGACAAGACAGGGAUGCUGGCAUACCUAUAGGUGAAUCACAGAAGAGACCUUUGGGAUUUCGGAACAAGGCUCUACCAUCAUCUGCCGGCAACUAGUCUCCCUUUAAAAGACAGCUCUUGGCCGCAGUGGAAACUUUGACAAUGAGCCCCAAGUUACCAUGCGACCUGAGCUGCCCAUCAUGAGCAGAGUAUUAUUGGACCCUCCAAACCAUAAAGUAGGACAUGCACAGCAGCAAUCCAUUGUCAAAAGGAAGUGACAUAGAGCUGGAGAGAUGGCUGAACAGUUAAGAGCACUGGCUGCUCUUCCAAAGGUCCUGAGUUCAAUUCCCAGCACCCACAUGGUGG